CGGUCAAAUUGAUCUCGAGUUCUCUUUUUGUGUCUCGGUGGGUCACUUAAUAAAGCGCACUCGAGUGCAAAGAGCGGGGAGCGAUCUGGACAACAGUAAUCAUUAGUCACGCGAGUGGAAUCGGCCCACACAUUUCCCCACAAGAGGAAGACGCGAGUCGAGUCGCAUACGGAAGGGAAGUGAGUUGAAAGACUCAAAUCAACAAAACAAAAAAGAAUAAGUUUGACUGCGUGAGCUCGUUUAGUUUUGGGGUGUAGGGGGGGAAAUCGGGGGAUAUAAGGAGGAAUCCAUAGUAGAAAAGAUGCCGCGGGUAGUUCCGGACCAGAGGAGCAAGUUUGAGAAUGAGGAGUUUUUCCGCAAGUUGAGCAGGGAGUGUGAGAUUAAAUACACUGGCUUUAGGGAUCGACCCCAUGAGGAGAGACAAGCCCGUUUCCAGAACGCCUGCAGAGAUGGACGGUCAGAAGUCGCCUUUGUAGCAACAGGAACCAAUCUCUCCCUCCAGUUCUUUCCAGCAAAUCUACAUGGAGAUCAGAGACAGGUUCCUACGAGGGAGUAUGUUGACUUUGAGAGAGAGACAGGAAAGGUCCAUUUAAAGGCUCCAAUGAUCUUGAAUGGUGUAUGCGUGAUUUGGAGAGGUUGGAUUGACCUCCAGAGGCUGGAUGGGAUGGGAUUCCUGGAAUAUGAUGAUGAGAGGGCACAGCAUGAGGACGCGUUGGCACAGGCGGCAUUUGAGGAGGCUCGACGUAGAACCAGAGAUUUUGAAGAACGAGAGCGAUCACACAGAGAGGACCUAGAGGACCCGGUGGUUUCUAAAAUCUGGGACUGAUGCAAAAGAGAGACGGACAGCCAGCAGAAAACAACAGGAUGACAGUAGGAGCCCAGCCCGGACUUAAACAUGGCCAGCCCUGAAGUGGAACACAAGACAUGCAGAGAACGAUGACGAGUAAAGGAAGAGGAUAAGACGUGGACUGUUAUUCUUUUACUUUCAAUGAAAUUAGCAAAGCAGCCAUUUUUCAAUUUAAGGCCUCUUCCAAUAUUUUUGAAUGACAUACAGUACUUAAUUAUUUUGACAUUUCAAUGUAGGCAUUUAAUAGUCAACCAUGGAGAUGAAAAGAAUAAUCAAAACCCUUUGAUCCUGUUUAAAUGUGACAAAUGAGUAAACAAGAGUUGAAGAUGAAGUCAUGCCAAAUCUUGCCUCGGAUUUUUAGAGCUUAUUACAAAUACCAAAAAUAUAUUUUGAUUAAGAAUAAAUGUGGGGAAAGAUGCCAGUGGUAAACAAAAGGAUCAAGUACAAAACAGGGAGUACUCCUUAGCUUGGUAUGUCAUGUUGAUACUGCGUAUUUUAGCUCAUAAUCCAGAGACCUGCUGUUUUCUUAGACCAAAGCUCACCUUGCUGGAAUGAUCGGGAGGUUGGUGGGGUGGGGAUGAGAGGAUUGCUCAGAUUUAACUGCUUUUCAAAUGACCACAUUGACGAGUUAACCAUCCAAAAAUGUAGAGUAUAUUAAGUCUGGGGAAAUGGAGCAAAGCAAAGAGUGUGGGGGGCAUUUUGAACAUGUCAUCAAGGAGUGUUUUGCACUAUGUGAUACAAUCAUUCAAGUUCACACAGAUUUUGUUUGCAUGAAACUGAACAGAGGGCUACCUAUUUUGUUGGCUGUUAUAUAGUGCAGCGUUUCAUCAUCAUCAUCAAGCACUCGCUUUACAGUGUUCAGAUGAGGAAUAAUUAGAUGAAUCAGCCACAUCAUGCAGGUAAUCAACCCACCCAAUUGAUUUAAUGGCAAUGAUUUCAAUUUUUCACUUUUUUAAAACUUUAAAUGUAGCCAUUUGCCAGUCCCCAGUUAUUCCUCAUCAAGGAUUGUAAAAGUGUGUAUGCAGUACAUGAAAUCUAUUUCCUGUGACAACACGCGUGUUACGAAAAAUGUUUUAUUAUCCUUUUGGUUUGUGUGUGAAAGUCAUGAUGUUUACUUUUAUAAUCUGACUCCUUUUUAUACAUAUAUUCCUUCUUGUUUCAUCUUUGUUAGUACUACAAGAGUUGUGUUCCAUAUCAUUCAAAGUGGAAUUUGUUUCUCCAUGUACAAGAUACAUAGCAAGUCAGUCUGUUCAUUUAUCUUGUAUAUGGCAAAAGUCAGGCUGGUUUGCCAGGCUUGGAAUUUGGAUUAUACAGAUACCAACAUGUUUUGUUGCUUAGAUUUUCCUCUGUAUUUCUUUGUUGAAUAUGUAUUUUAUUGAGUGCUAUAAAAUUGGAAUACACAAAAUUCUA